UUGGUGGUGGCGGUGGUGAUGGAAUUGGAUGAUUUCACUCAGAGUUAACUGUUCACUGUGAGCGGCAGGACUGUAGCUACGCCACACAGAGUCUUAAAAACAUUGUGAGUCACAGCAGAGCUCCUGCAGUCCAAGAGGUAGUUUUAUGUUUAUUGAUAUCAAACAGCUGGACCGGACAUAUCCGUCUUGAGCUGAGAGAAGGAAAGGCUCACAGUUUGUGACCUGAAGAUGUUCCCUCUGAGGACGUUUAUUCUGCUUGGAUUGAGCUGGACGUGUCAAGCUGUACCUAGUGAUCCAUGGGGCCAGUGUCCUGUCAACCGAAAGUGUAAGGGCAAGUUUGGGGACGGGACAUGUAACAAAGAAUGUAUGGAGCCUGAGUGUCUUCGAGAUGGCUUCGACUGCCUAAAGGACAAGGGCUACUGCAAUCCGGGUCACAUCCAGUACUGUCGCGAUCACUACGCCAACAACCACUGCGAGCAGGGAUGUGACAACGCUGCCUGUGGAUGGGACGGCAGCGACUGCUUCAAACACCAGAGCUCCAUUUGGGCAAAAGGCACGCUAGUCCUGCACGCCAACAUCCCACAGCAUCACGGCACCUUCUCCAACAGCUCCCUGCUGUGGGCGCUCAGUGUGGUCCUCCGGACGACCCUCAAACUGAGAGGCUCGGCACCUCUCGCAUUCAACAGGAACUUGUUUGACUUUGACCCUCCGCAGCUCACUAACCUGCUGGCUCAAGCUCAUGCAUCACCAGCUAACUCAAAUGGCUCCCUCCUUUUCCUCCAAGUGGACAACAGGCCAUGCUCCCGGCUGCCCACUACCUGUUUCCCCUAUGCCACCGAGGCAGCCAGUUUCCUUCGUGCCGUAAUGUUACUGAAACCCGAAACGCUCCACACCCUCAAACAGCUACAGGCCGUCAUCAGUAUUAGAGGUGUCCGAGAGGAAAUAGGAAGCAGAGAGGAGGAAACGGUGAUAAAGGAAGUCAAAGAGCCGACCCCAGUGUGGCUAUGGGCUGUGGUCGCCGUAGGAAUAGGUAUGCUGCUGAUUUUGGCCCUGGUGGUGUUCCUGGUGGUGAGGAGGGUGAGGCAGCAGCGGGUGGAGAGAGAGAGCAGCAACAGGGUGAGACACAGGUUCGCAGUCACCGACAACGGCAACAACAGCAACAACAGCAAAACCAAGGCCUGGACGACGCACAUAACCCAGCAAGAACAGAGGAUCAGAUCCAACAGGGAGAAAGAGAAAAUCAGCUUGAGGAAAAAGAAGAAAGCAAAGGAAGCAGAGAAGAAGAGGAGGCGGGAACCACUCGGGGAGGACGCAAUCAGAAUGCGACCUCUCAAAAGAGACCAGGAUAUAGGAAGUGACACAGACUUUACCCAGAGUUCAAUGGAAGAUAUAAAUGCGCGUUGCUCCAGGCGACAGGAGGACGCCUCCAUCUGUGACCACAGGAGCCAGGAGCAGAAACACUACCGGGGUGGAUCCUCACAGCCCCGCAGGCCUAUACCACCUCCACCUAGAGGAUGGGAGAGAAACGCCAUGCCUCCUCCUCUGCUCAGUCCUCCUCAGCAGUCUGCAGAGUGGUGUGGCCCGGAUGGGUCUGUGGUUCUGAUCCGAGCGGUCCGUAGCGGGCUGGACAGAGUGGUCUUGGAGCUGCUGCGAGCAGGAGUGCCAGUUAACAACACCGAUCAUACUGGGAGAUCAGCCCUCCACUGGGCAUGCUCAGUUAACCACCUCUCCCUAACAAGGACUCUCAUACGCUAUGGGGCCGCUGUGGACCUGCAAGACAACAAGGGUGAGACACCGCUCUUCCUCUCCGCCCUGCAUGGCUGCUAUGAUACCUCCAGACUUCUGCUCCUUCACGGUGCCAACCUUGAGCUGCACGACCGCAGAGGACGUCGUCCGAUAGACGUGGCCAGAGAGGGCAUGCGCCACCAAGUCCUGGAGCUCCUUUUAGCUCACCAAAUCCAAAGAGGGCCUGUUCCAGUGGAGUCGACCAACGAGAUGAUGUGGGAGGAGCGAACUCUGAUGUACUCGCCGUGGGUCGGAGCACAAGGCAUUCCUGGAAGAAGUGCCUCCUUCUCUGGGAUCAUAGGGCAUCGGGAUAUGACCCCACCACCACAAGGUGAUUGGCAGUCAAUGGGCAGAGUACAAUACCCCUCCCCUCAGAUCUGGCGACCACAGCUCAACCAAUCAGCAACAGCGCUGGUCCCACCAAGAAUCAUGGGCCGCUCCCCUCGGCCAAUCAGCACCUUACAGGAGGUUACCUCAGAAGACGAGGAUCGAGAAAGGCAUCAUGAAGUUCCCAGAGCUGCGACGCCACACUUCCUGUCACCCCAGCCCGCUCCUCGGCAGCGUUCCUUUUCCUGCACCCAGCAUGCAUUGCAGCGUCGCUCCAGUGCCCACCAGCCAGAGCCCAAUUAUGGUAUAGUGACAGAAAGAACAGUCAAUGAGCACAUAGAAAGAGUGAUUGUUUCACCUCCCGCAGAUGCUGCCGCCCAACCAGAUCACCUGCUAGUUUUAAAUAGCGACAAUCCCAAUAGAGCAGAACAAGCAGCGGUUGGCUUCUCAAACUCAGAGCAGAAAUCCAGAGGGGAGAGGUCAAACAACACAGCCGACUCCACACAGACAGCCUUGUAGAGAGAGAGAGAGAAGCAAUUCAGCUGCUUUUCCUUUCAGCCAUUAACAAAAAAUAGUAUUUAAGAACAUGUGAAUAAAAUAAUCCCAAUAAAAAGCAGAAGGCUUACAAGAAACCUGGAGGGAGUCUAACCUGCAUUUACAUUUUUGGGACCUCAAUUAUAUUCCAAUGUGCACCUGUUAUAAUACACAGCAGCACUUGGAGAUGUUACUUCCUGUCUCAUCUUACCAAUUUUCACUCAGCCUUGCCUAAAUUAUUAUUAUGUUUUGUUUUGUUUGAUUUUUGUGGGGAGGGCUUUAUUAUAUUACUUGUGAAUAUUUUUCUCUUACAAUGCACACACAGUCAAAUAUAUAACAGAGCAUGUCUGAGAUGACAGCCAGUGAAGCAUGUGAACAUCCAGAAUAUUGUAAUGUAACGGGUUGUAUUCUGAUUAUUUCACAAAUAAUCCAGUACAAAUGACCAAAGAAAAAGAAAAAAAAUGAUGUCAGAAUCCUUGCUGAUGCAUGCAAUAAAAUG